AUGUCUACACGGCAUCUCUUUGACUCUCCCGAGGGCCUCGUCAACAAGGCGCUGCGGGGCAUCAUUUCCUACAACACUUCUCUCAGACUAGAUGAAACAAACCGAGUCGUCUACGAUACAGAACACCGACGGUCCAAUGUCAGCAUAGUCAGCGGUGGUGGCUCUGGCCAUGAGCCAGCAUGGACUGGCUAUGUUGGCAAGAACAUGCUCGCCGCCUCCGUCCAAGGCGACAUCUUUGCUAGCCCCAGCACCAAGCAGAUCCUGGCCGCCAUAGAAGCCGUCCCCAGCGACGAGGGAACUAUUCUCGUCAUCACCAAUUACACCGGUGACUGCCUCCACUUUGGACUCGCCAAUGAAAAGGCCAUUGCCAGGGGACACAGGUGUCGCAUGAUCAUCUGCGGGGACGACGUCUCGGUCGGCCGCAGGGGAGGAAUAGUGGGCCGGAGAGGUCUUGCAGGACAGAUCGGCGUCCUCAAGGUGAUGGGGGGAGCUGCAGGCGCUGGACACUCGCUGGAUGACGUUUACAACCUUGGCGUUGCAUUCUCGGAGCAGAUUGUGUCCAUUGCUGCUACCCUCGACCACUGUCAUGUGCCUGGGAGGAGUGAGCAUGGUGCGUUGGCUGUCAACGAGAUUGAGCUUGGUACUGGUCCUCACAAUGAGCCGGGAUACAUGAAGCUAUCGCCAGCCCCCACUACGCCAGAGCUUGUGCGGCAGAUCCUCAAGCAUUGUUUGGAUGAGAAUGACCCGACACGGGGAUAUGUCAAGUUUGCUCCCAAGGACAAGACUAUUCUUCUCAUCAGCAACUUUGGAGGCAUCUCUCAUCUGGAAUUGGGUGCCCUUCUCGAUGAAGUGCUUGAACAGCUGGCCAACGAAUGGGGCAUCGAGCCCUCGCGCACUUGUGCUGGGUUCUUGGAAACAUCCCUCAAUGCGCCCGCAUUUUCCGUAUCCGUCAUCAACGUUUCGGCCGCGGCAAGAAACUGUCGGUACUCGGUUGAUCGCAUCCUGGACUUCUUUGACACAAAGACGAACACCUUCUGGGAGUCCAUGGCUGGGUCACAGACCAGACGGUGCAGUCGCAAAGAACAACUUGUGCAUCCACCCAAGGAGGCGGAAAAGAUCAUCAAUGAUGAGACGGACUUGAAGAUUGAUGCUAAUCUCUUGGAAAAGAUGUUGCGGAGUGCCUGUGAUGCAAUUAUCCAGGCAGAACCUCAUCUGACCAAGUGGGAUACCGUCAUGGGCGAUGGUGACUGCGGAGAGACGCUCAAGACUGGAGCGACGUCACUGAUUCAGGCCCUAGACAAGGGCUUGGCAAGGUCGGGUUCUGUGGUUGCUGUUCUGCAAGAGCUCGAGGACAUUGUUGAGAGUAAGAUGGGUGGAACACUUGGUGGCAUCCUCGGCAUUUUCUUUGUCUCUCUCAGAACAGCCGUCGAGAAGAACAGCCACAUGGCUCGAUCAGAUGGUCCCAUCGCUCUCUGGAGCGAAGCCCUUUCCUUGGCGUUGGAGAACCUGAGCAGGUACACCCCCGCCAAGGUAGGCGAUCGCACCGUCAUGGACACUUUGAUCCCCUUUGCCGAGAUUAUUGCUAAGGCUGGAUUCGUUGGCGGUGUCGAGGCUGCUGUCCAAGGAGCCGAGGCGACAAAGACGAUGAAACCCCGACUUGGAAGAGCGACGUAUGUUGGUGUUGGAGACAGCACAGAGUUGCCGCCUGACCCUGGUGCGUGGGGUGCCAUGGUGGCCAUUAGAGGUCUCCAGAGUGGAUUGGAGGUGAUGAAUUGA